AUGGCGCACAACCGCGAGUCGGUGGUCUUCAACCCGUCUUCCCCGCGGUCUUCUGUUGGAGGAGCCGAGUCCUUCAAGGGAACUCCAGACACGAGACUCACGGCUUUCUCUCCAGAAGAGGGCUCUGCGAGAUCGUCUCGUCUCCUCAAGUCCCUCGGACAAGACUCCCCAGACGCCACGCCGUCUAGGUUUCAUUCCAUCGCCUUUGGUGGGGGAAUUUCCAAUGCUGACAAGGACCCGUUCAUUACUACCACGUCGAAUGUUGCUCUUCAGAAGCUUUCGCCGACAGCCUCAGCUUUUCAGCCUUUUGUUGGCCCCGUGGCGACUCCUGAUCGUAUCAGGCACAGGAACCGCAAUCUAUUCUCGCCUAGCCGAAAAGAAGAGGGCGAACUGUCACAGUACCUCAGUAUUUGGUCGUCUAGUCGGACUCUGAACGCAACUGAUCUUAUGUCGUAUUUCACGAAGCUCCAACGCUUAGGUCUCUCGGUUCAAGAGCCAAGGCAGAUCCAUCAUCGGAGUGGGAGGGCUAUCGUCCAUUUCGGUGAUAUACGUGAUGCUGUUCUGAUCCACGACAAUCUGCACCGCGUCCAGGCAGACUUAGAGGUGGAGUACAUAUCUGAAGCUCAUUUUUCCGAGCACGCCGGACAGACCCCUGUGAAGUGUGGCUCGUGGGUGUCCAUCCUGGCCAUUGCCACACCUUCGGGAGUCCUUGACAUAUCCCGCUUUGAAGCAGUUGUCAAGCGUCAUCUACAAGCAAAGGGCCAUCUCUCGGCCUAUCACGCGCAGCAAUUACACGACGAGGACACUUACAAGGCUGUCGCAGAGUUCAGCGAUGCGUCAGAAGCCUUGUCUGCAGUCGUCUCGCUCGACAACAGAAUCAUCGAGGGAGCACACAUCACUCUGUCUUCCAUUGACACUGGCGGUGUAUUUCAGACAACACACGAGGAGCAGGAUGGCCCCGUCGAAGCUCCUGGCCCCCUUCUUCCUAGCCAGGACCUGACAAACGCCUUCCAGGCUUUGGCCAUGUCCAAGAACCCGACGCAGAUAGGCAUGUCGCCACAUGGGACAAGUAUGAUGGGACCAGGCUCCACGUACCCUCCUCUCGGAAUCCAGGUCCCCCCUUUUGCGAUGUGGCCGAUCCUGUGCCAGCCUCAAUUUCAACCGGGAAUGGGAUACCUCCUUGACGGUGGUCCUCGCUUGUCGUUGCCGCCAGCUACGUCGAGUCCUGCUGGAUACCAGUUUGUUAGUCCGCUCUUCUCGCCUCAAGCACGAGGUUUGUCUACGGCUGGAUCGAUGCCAUGCAGCCCAAAACCCGAGCCUCGAAGACAGCACGCCUCUCGUAUUAACAGGUCCCCGUACUACAACGUUACAAGCCAUCACAACCAUGUCGACGUCAAUCGCAUCCGCGAAGGAACGGACGUCCGCACAACUAUCAUGCUUCGUAAUAUUCCCAACAAGGUUGAUCAAGCCAUGCUCAAGCGGAUCGUAGACGAGUCCAGCUGGGGAAAGUACGAUUUCAUGUAUCUGAGGAUCGACUUUGCGAAUGACUGCAACGUCGGAUAUGCGUUCAUCAACUUCGUAGACCCGCUGGACAUCAUCGAUUUCGUCAACACAAGGGGCAACCAGAGAUGGAACUGUUUCAAAAGCGACAAGGUCGCUGAGAUCUCCUACGCCAGUGAGUCAUCCAGACUCUGGGUUGCAAUGUCGAACCCAGCCGCUAAUCAGACACGUGAAGCCAUCCAAGGCAAGGAUUGCUUGGUUCAGAAAUUCAGAAACAGCUCUGUCAUGCUUGAAGCAGCGCACUAUCGUCCCAAGGUACGGCUCUGCAUUCUGCUGAAAUGGAAAGUUCUGCUCAUUAUCACGCAGUUGUUUUACACAUCCAACGGUCCCAUCCCAGAGCUUGCUGGAGAGGAAGAACCCUUUCCCCAGCCAGACAAUCAGUCCAAGAUGAAGCGAAGUUGCGAGAAUGCAGAGCACGUCGGUCUUUUCACGCCCAACGCUGGCCAGCAUUUCCGUGACGAGCAACGCCGUAGACGCUCGCAGUACGACCGAGGUACAAGGCUGGCCGCCCUCGAGGAACACGACUUCGAGACCAAUAUGCACUCAUACAUGUAUCACCAACAGUGA